AUGCGGCUGACUGUUCGUUUACUGUCCUCAGUUGUUAAAAAAAGACCUUUCUUUAUUACGACUCCGAUAUUUUAUGUGAAUGCUGCGCCACAUUUGGGCCACUUAUACUCAGCAGUAGUGGCAGAUGCAAUACAGAGAUUUGAAAAACUAACUAAUCCAGACUGCAAUGUUAUAUUUAGUACAGGCACAGAUGAACAUGGGACUAAAAUACAACAAGCAGCUGCAAAAGCAAAUCUCCCAUUAUAUGAAUAUUGUAAUAAUAUUUCAAAGGAGUAUAGAGAUCUGUUUAAAGAAUUUGAAGUAGAAUAUACAGAUUUUGUAAGAACUACUGAGGAAAGGCAUAAGAAAGCAGUAAGGCAUUUUUGGCGUACAUUAGUAAAAAGAGAUUACAUUUAUAAAGCCAAAUAUUCAGGGUGGUAUAGUGUCAAUGAUGAAGCAUUUGUGCCCGAGGCUCAUACAAGGGAUGAAGUCACAAAAGAUGGCAAGGUAAAAGUUUCAGUAGAGUCUGGUCACAGAGUGGAGUGGACGGAGGAAACAAAUUACAUGUUCAGACUUAGUGCUUUCAAAACUCAUUUACAGCAAUGGCUAAAACAGGAUGGUGUGAUAACCCCUAGCAAGUUUCAAAAGCAAUUACAAGAUUAUCUCUCUAAUGAAAAGUACUUCCCCGACAUAUCUGUCAGUCGACCUUCCAGUAGAGUGCAUUGGGCUAUACGAGUCCCUGAUGAUGAAGAGCAAAGCAUCUACGUGUGGCUGGACGCUCUCAUCAAUUAUCUGACAGUAUGCGGAUAUCCGGACAAGGAUAGAGUGCACUCGGAUAGGAUAUGGCCAGCUGACGUACACGUCGUGGGCAAGGAUAUACUGAAGUUCCACGGUAUCUACUGGCCGGCGUUCCUGAUGGCAGCGGGCUGGCACCCGCCGCGCCGGCUGGUGGCGCACGCGCACUGGACGGUGGCCGGCGCCAAGAUGUCCAAGUCGCUAGGCAACGUGGUGGCGCCGCGCGCCGCGCCCGCGCCCCACGCGCUGCGCUACGUGCUGCUGAGAGAAGCUACACUUGCCGACGAUGCUAGUGAGAUUUCUUUAAAUUCUGAAUAUUUUACCACACAAAACUACACAGAGACGAAGCUGAUCAACAUCGCGAACUCGGAGCUGGCGGACACGCUGGGCAACCUGGCGGCGCGCGCGGCCGGCGCCGCCCUCAACCCGCGCGCCGAGUUCCCCGCGCUGCACCCGCACGGCCUGCGCCGCGCCGCGCGCCGCGACCUCGUGGCCGACCUGCUGCGCAAGGUGGAGGCCUUGCCUGAGACAUGCCACAAACACUUCUCAAACUACCAGUUCUACAAAGCAGUGGACGCCGUCAUCCACGUGCUGCACCACACCAACCUGUUCUUCGAGACCAUGAAACCCUGGGAACUAAAGAAGAAACCAGAAUGUCAGAAGGAACUAGACGUGAUCCUCCACGUAACCCUGGAAACCCUCAGAAUUUGCUCUAUCAUCCUACAACCAAUCAUACCGAGUUUGAGUACAAAGUUAUUGGAUAAAUUACAAAUACCUAAAGAGUGUAGAAGCUGGCAACAUUGCGAGACUCCCUCGUGGCUGCAAGAAGGGGUUAUAUCUGAGACGAAAAAUAUACAAAGUGGGAAAUUUGUUCUUUUCCCGAGGAUAUAUGUGGACAAGGAAAAGAAGAAGGCGAGCGGG